UAAUCUCAUCUUAUCAUUCUCUCGAAUGCAAAUGGACGGAUUGCGUCACGUAUAGUUUCAAUCUCACCGAGCUGAGUGGCAAAUAUUGCGAAAAACCACAAGAAUAUUGUGAAUUGAACGAGCGCGAAUUGUGGACCGAUGAUGUUACGACGUGUGGGCGCUUUUACGUGCGCCUCCAACAACGGCUUGAUGUUAGUAACUAGUAGUAGUCGACGCGAGAAAGACCGGCCAGACCUCAAGUAGAAAGAUCCAGUCGUUGGCAGACUGCGGUUCGUGAGACGCGGAUUUGAAGUCAUAAAAAAUUGGCAUCGUUUUUUAAUUAAUAGAAAAAAAUCGAAGAAUUGAAACAAACAAACCAGUACACAAAUUCUGCGGUGUGAUUAUAAUAAAAUACUUCUAAUUUUUUCAAUCAUUUUAACUGAGUGUAAACGUUUGUAACAUAUAUUAUUCAUAAUAUAUACGUAUAAUUGUAUCAGUGAAAAACGUAACACUUGGGAUUAUUUAUUUAUUUAUUCAAUAAUUCACAGAGGAGGGGAGAUUAGAGCAAGCUUCGAUACGGCGCCAAGAUGUCGUCGACGGUAAGGGAAAGUUCACACGUAAGUCGAAAAAUAGUUACCCACGGCGGAGGGCAAAUCAGCCAAAAUCAUUCGUCGAGCACAGCGGGGAAUCUGGAGAACAAUUUAGACGCGCUUUUGGAAGACCUGCAGACAAGUGUUUCGCGAAGCGCAACCCCCGUUCGUGGAGGAAGAGCACUUUCGCCACAGGUAGAAUACAGAGCACCUGCCAACACCACAAGAAUCGUAUCCGAAGGAAGAACAACCUCGCCAACGAGAACGACUACUACAAAAACUGAAAAAUAUGUUACGACCGGAAACAGUGGUGCGGUCAGCGGUAUUCCUGGACUAGAACUUCUGGACGCUGAACUUAAAAAUGUUCAACCAGGACAAAGUAAGACAGUAGCUUACAAACAAGUGUCUUACCAAUACAAGAAUAUCGAUGGCAGUCACAAAGAUGGUGACUCAUGGGCAAUGUCGGACAACAUUCUCAACACUAGCACCUCUCCGUUGAUUGAAGAAAUUCGCGAUAGAAGCUACGAAGAAUCUCAAUCAACUCAACGUCAUCGCAGCCCUGACCCACCCAGCAAAACUUCCACUAUCAACAGGGAAUUGUUGUAUGAUACAUCUUCCACAUCGAGGUCAAGACAGACAUCGCCCCUUCCUGGUAGUCAGCACCGAGAUGUUUCCUACGUACAAGAAACUUCGAGCUACCAAGUUGAUCCUAAACCAGUACAAAGUACAGUGACAACGAUCCGCACAAAUAAGAAUGUAAAUGUGCCCCAAGAUGUUGAAACGGUUGAAUACAUUCAGAUACCUUCGCCAACUGCAGCGGUGCCAAUUAAUUUGGCGCCUGGUCCGAAUACGAAAGUAACGACGACAGUAAAAACAUAUACAUACGAACUCCCUGGCUCUCCUGAACAUUAUUUACCAGGAAGUUCGUUACCGAGGGGUGUAGUAUUGCCUGGUGAUCAAACCAUAACUUAUACCUUGCCACGUGGAGGAAGUGCAGAUAAAAGUUACACCUAUCAUACGCAGAAAGUAACAAACACUACUGUACCCGGACAAACGAUAAGCUACCAAGUGGUAUCGCCCGAUGGUCCAGGAAAUCAGAUCAGAUACGCCAGCCCACCACCCCCAGAAAUUACCACCAAAACGACCACGCACAAAGAAGCAAAAUUCUAUCGCGAAGAUCAACAUAGUUUUCCGGGAGGCAGUCCUGUUCAGAAACCAGUAAAUAAUACCGUCAUCUAUCGCACUGGACCACCCCCAGUGAACACAGAGUCAGUAACUACAGUUACGAGAAAUGAGAAGUAUUAUCAAGUUGAUGGUCAAUAUCCGAACGGAGAUGGUCCACGUAGCCCUCCUAAUGGCAGUGAUCCCGCAGGUCCAUAUGGGCCUGAUUAUAGGCCGGGUACCGAUCACCCAGAUCACGGUACUAAUACGACGACAAUAAUUUACCAAAAUCAACAUCCACCCACGAUUGAAUCUCAUACAACGAUAAAUAAAAGCCACGAAUAUUACGAGAACCGACCAUACCCGGUAGAGCCGGGUCAUCCAAUGCCUGAGAAUCAAAAGCCGGGACCACCGACUCAUACGACAAUAAAUUACUACACGACAUCCCCACCGCAAACAAAUCCGCCAAAAACGAACACUACGAUUUAUAAAUACUCAAACACUACGACGACGAUACCGCCGAAUAAAUUCCCUGACGAUCACGAAGUUCUUUUGCCAAAACCGUUCCCUAUCACUGGCGUACAAUUGUAUCCUGCAAAUGCGAAACCACCAACCCCUAAUAACGGACACGGACCUCCUGCUCAACUGGAUGAACUUAUGGCCUCGUUCUCUGACACUGAGCGGAGUGUACUAGCUGAUAUUUCUAACAAAGAGAUAGAACAACAAAAGAUUCAGAAAUCCACUGAUGCUAGUAAUCCAAAGCAAGAAGUAGAGUUUAUUCCACACACCCCACCAAAAGUACAGAGCAAGAAUUACGCUGGACCACCAGUAUAUUACCCGCCUGGUUCUGCCGAGUUUACCAAGAAGGAAGAAGCUGGAGGAGCUAUGAUGCAGUCGAGUGGAGGAUGGCAGAAAGGCAAAGCCAAAUACGAAUACGAAGCGUCUAGUAAAAGCAAGAGUAAAAGUAGCAGCGGAGCCGCAGUUGUUCCCGUCUGUUUGCCAUUAUGUUGCGCAAUGCCCUGUGUAAUUAUGUAGGAUUGGCUAUUCGUGCAUGUGACAUAAAUUUCAUAAUAGCCUGAAUAAUGUACCUUAAGGGUAAUAUUCAUAUUGCUCCAAAUUCUAUCUCGGCUAAUAAGUACGCAACAAUGUCGCACCACCGUAUCUGCUAAUCGAGUGGUAUUUUGUGAGUGAUUUUUAUUCUACGCGAGAAUAAUUAUAUAUUUUAUAUAACCCGUUCUAUCUCAUCAAUUAAUAUUUAAGUAUUCGAUAAUACAAAAAAAAACCAGCGAGAUAUUAACUAAAAAUUAUAACUAGAAGGGAACGAAAUAUGGAAAUAUAUUUGCAUCAAUAGGCUCAUACUUUAGUACCACUAUCAAUUAGUGAAAUUUUUCUAAUAUUCAAUUGAACCUUUGGUAAACAAUCUUUCAGGCAUCAGUUACCUCACAUUAAUUCACCGUUCUUGUGCCUUACUAAUUGCAAUAAUCCAAGACUAGGACAAAUAACUCUUAUUUAUUAUCCUGUAAAAAAGAUCUUGUUCAAUUGAAUUGAAUCCAAAUGACUUUGGGGCACGGACGGAUAAUCUCCGGUGAUUUUUUUUUCUAAAUUAGUUUUCUGUAACAAUCACUUUGUGCCAAAUCCGAUAUAAGUAUGUAGACAUAUGAAAGUUAUUUGUUACAAUACGUUAAAUCAGUAGAUUUGUGAACAAUGAUUCAUAUUCGCUUGUAAAAUUUAUAAAAAUAAUAUCAUCUAAUAGUUUAUAUUUAGUUAUUAAAGUGUCAGUUGCAAGCUAGAUGCCUAAGUAACUGCUUUGAUAUUAUGUGCACCAAAAGUAAAAACUUACUUGUUUUUAAAUUUACACGAAGAUCUGAUCAUACUAAAAAAUUUUGUUUAUUUUUGAAUGUACAUGCUCAGCGUACUGUUAGGAUGAUUAUAAUAUUUAUACUUAUUAAUCACAACAUAAUUCGGAAUAUUCUGUUUACUAAUUAAUUAACGAGAAGUUUAGUUCACGUAUAGUUAUUAAAAAGCCACUUGACUUCCAUAAAUAUUUACCUUUACCGAUUGUCACUGCAAGUUAAAUACUGGAUAAUGUGAUUAACUAAUCAUGGUAAAGAACCGUGAAUUAUGGUGCUAUAAUAAUUUUAAUGGUUGUAAUCGUAUAAGUCAAAACAUAAUCACGAUGCAUAACUUCCAGGCUAAGUAACGCAGAUAUUAUUAGUUUUAAACGUUUGUAAAAAGAAAGAAAAAAGUUUUUCGCCAUUCCGUGACAAACGCAGGGUGUAUACGCUUUCACGUGAAAUAAUAUAUAAUUAUACAUACCAAUGAA